AUAUCCCUCAAUGGCCACAUCCAAAACCCUUUUUCAUUUCCCCUUGAUCCAUUCAUUCCAAGAUUAAUUGCAAGAAAAAAAAAAAAAAAAAAAAAAAAAAAAAAAAAAGAAGAAGAUGAUGAUGAUGAUGAUCAUCUCCAAGAAAGUUGUGUUCCUCAAUAGUAUGAUAAUAUUAUUAUUGUUAACCAAUGUUGCAAAUUGUGACGUUCAACAAGACAAGCAACGUUGCGAGACUCCGGUUCUCGGCAUGGCGACGUGCCUGCCCUACGUGACCGGGCAGGCCCGUCUCCCGCCCGUCGACUGCUGCUCGGGAUUCAACCAAGUCUUGGAAAACAACCCCGACUGCAUAUGCUUGUUGAUCAAGGAUCGCAAUGAUCCUUCCCUCGGCCUUAACAUCAAUUCCACCCUCGCCCUUACCCUCCCCGCCCGUUGUAAGAGCACCGCCAACCGCACCAUCGCCGAUUGUCCUGCAAUUUUACACUUGCCACCAAAUUCAACCGAGGCUAAGGUUUUUCAGGACUUUACAAACAGUGGAAAUGAAACCAAUGCUAUGCCUCCAGCUUCUUCUGGAAAUUCAACUACUACUAUGGCCGGGAAUGUUAAUAGCCAGAAUGGUGGCGGGAGAGGGAGAAGAAUGGCAUGGCUCGGGACUGAAGUGGUCUCAAUCAUGUUGGUUGCACUUCAUCUUUUCUUUGCUAAUUUUAAUUUUCGAGUAAUUAAUUAAUUAAUAUUGCUAAACUUACAUGACUGUAAUUUUUUAAAAUUAAUAUUGCUAAACUUAUCUAGCCUAAUUUGUUCCCACAUCAAAAAAUAAAUAAAUAAUAAAAUAUGGAAAUAAUAGUCGCAA